ACCUGAUACAAGGUAAAUGCAUUGGACAAAUAAAGCAAAAAACAAAGCUAUUCAGAAAGUGUAUUGCACAAACAGAGAAACUACUAAGAAAGGUUAAACUUUUUACUUUUAUAAUAAAUAUGAAAUUUGCUAAUUAUUUUUCCUGGUUAUUGUUCUUUUUAUUUUCUCCUUCAAAAUCAGCAAUAUGCAAUUGUGCAUUUCAUCCGGGAAACAUCAUCACAUGUUCAUCUCAUAAUUGAGAAGUCACAUAAUUUGGAUUACUCUAUCACAUUCAAAAAGUACACAUACAAAACAUGAAAAGUCAACUAUACAUUUCACGAUUAAAUGAAGAACACAAAAAUUCCAACCAAAGCUUGCAAUAGCUACCAUCAUGGGCUAGAACAAAAAUAAUGCCCAUUCAUGGAUAAGUAAGGCAAAACAGACUAGAUUCACAUUCCCUUCCCUCAAAAACAAUACAAAGUAAAAUUGAAAAAGAGAACAAGAGAGAAAAUGGUAAAAGAAAAAAAGCAUUUUGACAGUUACUUUUUUGUCAAGAUAAGCAACUCAGAAGGGAAGCUAUGAGGAAACUAUAGAAGAAUAGGACACAUUACUUCAAGUUCUCUAAUCAUUCCAUUUUGUCAAGAUGCUUAUUUAUAUUUUAAUUAUGACAAAAUACAUCUUAUAGUCUUUUAAGUUACACGAAAAUAUCAAAUUGGUCAUUUAACUUUUUUUGUAUCAAUUUAUGUUUGUAAAAGUUACACUGUUGAACUAUUUUUAGUCCCAACCUCAUUUCAAUCAUUUUUAGUUAAAUAUUUUUAAAUUGUAUUAUGAGUUUUGUAUCAAUCAUAAGAGGAAUAAUAUAUUAAAUUUUAUGUGAUUGCAUGAUGUAGAUUAAGAGAUUUUAGUGUUUAAUUUCAAAAAACACUAAAAUGUAUCUCACUCAAAUUCUAUUUUGUUUAAUUAUUUUUCUAAAAGUUGAUUGAAGGUCUAUGUUCUUAUGAUUAUUGCAAUCAAAAGCCUUUAAAAAUUAUAUGAGUUUAUCGAAAAAAUUAAGAGAAUUUUGAAUUUCAAUUUUGCUGAUGUAAAAUUAAGAUUAUCGGCGUAAACAUUUACAAACAUAAAAGGCAAACUUAACACUAAUGAAAAUAAAAGACUACGUUGUUACAACAAAAAAGGACUAAAUUGUUAAAAAUAAAAAAUAAAGGACUAAUUUUUAGUUUUCUUAUAACUUUAAAGACCACGGGAGAUAGAAAUAGUGACGGGUUACGGCCAUUGGAACUAGGAAGUAUAACAAUGUAAUGCGAAAGAAGUUGCCAACUGGGAGCAUUAUUUAAAGGACUUAAAUCAAAAUGAGUCAAAUCAAUAUUUGAAUUGGUCCUUAAUGAUAGCUGCCUCUUUACGACUUACUCUCACUACACUAUAAGUAUUAAGUCUCACAAGCAGCUUUUCACAUAAUCACAAACUCCAAAACCUCUCUUCUACCCUUCCACGGGAGAUAGAAAUAGUGACGGGUUACGGCCAUUGGAACUAGGAAGUAUAACAAUGUAAUGCGAAAGAAGUUGCCAACUGGGAGCAUUAUUUAAAGGACUUAAAUCAAAAUGAGUCAAAUCAAUAUUUGAAUUGGUCCUUAAUGAUAGCUGCCUCUUUACGACUUACUCUCACUACACUAUAAGUAUUAAGUCUCACAAGCAGCUUUUCACAUAAUCACAAACUCCAAAACCUCUCUUCUACCCUUCCAGCUUUUCCACCAUAUCAAAGAAUAUUAGUGAGGAUACAAUAACAGAAGCAUUGGAGGUGACAACUUUUUCUUUCUACCCAUGACAGAUAGAACCAGUUGCCCCAGAAGGGAUUAUAUCUGGCCACCAAUGGCAACGGCAUUGGCCAUUGUGUUAAUUUCCACAACUGUGGUUUCUGUUGCUGCUGAUAGUUACAUUUACUCUUCUCCACCACCACCUCCUUACGUGUACAAGUCACCACCUCCUCCAUCACCAUCAACUCCAACACAUUACAUUUACAAGUCUCCACCACCUCCACCCUAUGAGCACAAGUCUCCAUCUUAUGAGUACAAGUCUCCCCCACCUCCUUCACCAUCACCCCCACCACCAUAUGUGUACAACUCACCACCUCCUCCAUCACCAUCACCUCCACCUCCAUACAUAUACAAGUCACCAGCUCCUCCACCUUAUGAAUACAAGUCUCCAUACUAUUACACGAGUCCUCCACCAGCCUCUCCCUCACCUCCACCUCCAGACUAUUACAAAUCACCCCCACCACCUUCACCAUCUUCUCCACCACCAUACUAUUACAAAUCUCCUCCUCCUCCAUCUCCUAUUCCCCAUACACCUUACUACAAUAAGUCUCCACCACCAUACUAUUAUAACUCUCCACCUCCACAUAUUGUGUAUCCUCAACCACACCCCUACCACCACUCAUUGAUUGUAAAGGUAGUGGGUAAAGUCUACAGCUUUAGGUGUUAUGAUUGGGAGUAUCCUGAAAAGUCUCAUGACAAGAAACACCUUAAAGGAGCUAUUGUGGAGGUGAAAUGCAAAGCUGGGAGAAAAAUAAUCAAAGCUUAAGGUAAAACUAAGAUCAAUGGAAAAUACAGCAUCACGGUUAAGGACUUCGACUACGUCAAAUAUGGUCCUACAGUAUGCAAAGCCACACUUUAUGCUCCACCUAAAGGCUCUCCUUUUAACAUACCUACAAAGCUAAAUGCGGGAACCAACUUGGAGUUGAAAUCCAAAGACAAGUAUGAGGUUGUACUUAAGGCUAAGCCAUUUGCUUAUGCUUCAAAGAAAUAUUUUAAAGAAUGUGAGAAACCCAAUCCUUCACCAACUCCUUACGACUACAAGUCACCUCCUCCUCCAGUACCGGUUUACAAGUACAACUCACCACCUCCACCGGUCCAUUAUUAUUCUCCUCCAUAUUACUACAAGUCACCUCCGCCUCCAUUGAAAUCACUUCCACCUUAUUAUUACAAGUCCCCACCUCCACCAUCACACCCUCCAUACUGCUACAAGUCACCACCCCCACCAUCACCAUCACCAUCACCUCCUCCACCAUACUAUUACAAAUCCCCACCUCCACUAUCACCAUCUUCACCACCACCUUACUAUUAUAAGUCACCUCCUCCACCCAAAGUGAUUUCAAACCCUCCAUACUACUAUAAGUCACCACCCCCACCAUCACCAUCACCUCCUCCACCAUACUAUUACAAGUCCCCACCUCCACCGUCACCAUCUCCACCACCAUUUUACUAUUAUAAGUCACCCCCUCCACCCAAAGAGAUCUCAAACCCUCCAUACUACUAUAAGUCACCACCCCUACCAUCACCAUCACCUUCUCCACCAUACUAUUAUAAGUCCCCACCUCCACCGUCACCAUCUCCACCACCACCUUACUAUUAUAAGUCACCUCCUCCUCCCAAAGAGAUUUCAAACCCUCCAUACUACUAUAAGUCACCACCCCCACCAUCACCAUCACCACCACCUCUCUACUAUUACAAAUCACCUCCACCUCCACCACCAUCUCCUUCCCCUCCACCUCCAUAUUACUAUAAAAGUCCCCCUCCACCAUAUCCCUCUCCUCCUCCUCCCUAUUACUACAAAUCACCACCAUCACCAUCUUCACCCCCUCCCUACUAUUACAAAUCACCUCCACCACCAUCACCACCACCUCCUUACUAUUACAAAUCUCCCCCACCUCCAUCUCGAUCAGCGCCACCUCCUUAUCACUAUCAAAGUCCUCCUCCGCCAUCUCCCAUUUCUCAUCCUCCCUACUACUACAAAUCCCCUCCACCAACAUCGCCAUCUCCUCCACCUCCUUACCAUUAUGUGAGUCCUCCUCCACCGGUAAAGUCGCCUCCACCACCAGCUUACAUUUAUACCUCUCCACCACCUCCUAUCUACGACUAAGCUCGGAACGCCGAAGCACCAUUCGUGAUGAAUCAUGUUCUAGUUUUGGUCAAGUAAUAAAGGCAAGCUCUACUUUGAGAAAAGUGAAGCGUCUAUCUUCUUGUCCGAAUUCUUUAAAUCUACUUCCGAAUAUAUCAUCUAUGAGCUACGAUAUUAGUGACCGAUAUGAGAUUUCGUUCAACUCUUUGAUGGCCAUCUUGCACUUCCUAAUCUUACAGUGUUCAAAUGACAUACAAAUCAAACAGUGGAAGCAAGAUUAAUUUAUUUGUGAUAUCUUUGAUUUAUGUGCAUAUAUUAAUAUGGCUGUGUAUGAUAGCUUUUAUUUUUGUCGAGGAUUUUUUGUAUUGUACUCUGUUGUUGUGUUUCCAAAAGAAAUGUUAGUAAUGAAUAAUCAAAUUCAAUUUAUAUC